GGUAAGGUAACGCUUUCCCACUGCAGCUUUUCCAGUUCCCAGUCUCUCCACUAAUACAUUACCACUCUCUGUCUACCUCUCUAUGAAGAAGAAGAUCACACAGAGCCUGAAAUCUUGCUCUUGUUAGCUUGGAAACAGUGAAACAAACCCAAACAACUUUCUCUCUCGCUCUUUAAAGAAUGGAGAAAAAGCAGGGUUUCUUCUCGGCUCUCAAGGAAGAAGUGGUAAGGGGACUUUCCCCAUCCAGGUCCCGAUCAAAGAGCCCUGCCCGUUCUGCGUCUCCGAUUUCAGGCCUGCUCCGGAGGAAGAAGAAUCCCUACGCUCUCACGGCCAACCCUGAGCCAUUGGUUGGGAGAUCCGGAAGCCUGAGGCCGGUGGUCGGGGAGACACUGACGCCUCUCAUGGAGGGACCGGAUCCAGACGGAGGGGAAGGGGUUGGCGGGGAGUCGAGGCGGAUGGGCUCGGGAAUCGGGCAGUGGAUGAAAGGGCAGCUCUCAAGAACUCCGUCCGUUUCGAACUCUUCGUUGGGAUAUAAUAGUAAUAAUAAGAGGUCUGAUCUCAGGCUGCUGCUUGGGGUCAUGGGCGCACCUCUCUCCCCGGUGCACGUUACCAGCUUGGACCCGUUGCCUCACCUUAGCAUCAAAGACACACCCAUUGAAACUUCUUCUGCUCAGUACAUAUUGCAGCAGUACAUAGCUGCUUCAGGAGGGCAGAAGCUGCAAAACUCCAUAAAGAAUGCUUAUGCAAUGGGAAAGGUCAGAAUGGUAGCUUCGGAGUUUGAAACUGCAACAAAGGUGGUGAAGAACCGGAAUGGCUCUAAGGGGACAGAAUUGGGCAACUUUGUUCUCUGGCAGAUGAACCCAGACAUGUGGUAUGUUGAGCUUGCAGUUGGAGGGAGUAAGGUUCGUGCUGGCUGCAAUGGCAAGCUUGUUUGGAGACAUACCCCGUGGCUUGGUGCCCACACUGCAAAAGGACCUGUUAGACCUUUACGCCGUGCCUUGCAGGGACUUGAUCCAAGAACCACAGCCAGUAUUUUUGUAGAUGCCAGGUGCAUAGGAGAGAAAAAGAUUAAUGGUGAAGAUUGCUUCAUCCUUAAGCUAUGUGCUGAUCCUCAUACACUGAAAGCUAGAAGUGAGGGACCUGCUGAAAUCAUAAGGCAUGUACUGUUUGGCUACUUCAGCCAAAAGACCGGACUUCUUGUCCAUAUGGAGGAUUCGCAUCUGACCCGCAUCCAAUCCAAUGGCGGUGAUGCAGUUUACUGGGAGACUACAAUCAAUUCCUUCCUAGAUGAUUACAGGCCUGUGGAAGGGAUUUUGAUUGCGCAUUCUGGGCGUUCAGUGGUGACACUUUUUAGAUUUGGUGAAGUGGCAAUGAGCCAUACAAAGACAAAGAUGGAAGAAGCUUGGACAAUUGAAGAGGUUGCAUUCAAUGUUCAAGGUCUUUCAGUGGACUGUUUUAUACCGCCGGCAGACUUGAGAUCAGGAUCUAUAAGUGAAACUUGUGAGCUUCCUCAGGAUGAAAGGGUGAAGAGUGCAAUUGUGUUAGCAGCAGCAUAUAGGGCCAAAGUAGCUGCACUGGAGAAAUCGCAUGAGAGCUUCACCGAAAACAUUCUCUGAAUGGUGGAAGUCUAACAAAUGGGACUGAUUUAGGGCAAUUGUUUAUACUGGUAGCUAAAUUUUAGUCUGCUAACCGGUUAGGGUUUAUUAUGGAGCAGUUGAUGGUCAGGUUUUUUGCACUUCUUAUUUUUAUUUUUUUAUUGCUUCUAUUAGUCUGUAAAUAGAGCAUAAGCAUUCACAGGUUUGAAGAAGCCUGAAUGAAUCUUUAGACUCUCAUUGCAGAAUCCACCGAUGGGGUUGGAGCUCGAUUUUCCAGUUAGGGAUAGAGCCAAUGGAGGUUGGUUUUUUGCUUUACCUUCCGUGUCUGAAGGAAGUUGGUGAAUCUGUGCAUAGCAGAACCUUUAAGCUUUGAUGAAUCUACUAAUUCUCUUGCUUAAAUCAAUUUGAUGGUGGCAGUGGAAAGGGAGCUGCUGUCGGCCAACAUUAGUUCGACACUAAUGUCUAGUUUUUCCUUUUCUUUCUAAUUUUACUGUUGGUAGAUGUUUUCUUGUUGCUCUGGUUUGUUUAUUGAUUUAUGUAAACGUUGCUCACUUGCUUGAGUUUGGGGAUGAAAAAGUGAUUUUGCUGUCUCUCUUCUGAGGCAGAAAAUAGUA